AUGAGAGAGGACAGUGAGAUUUUUGGAGAGAGCUCUCCCACGACUGCUAGCAUCUCCUCCGACAUGGCGGCAUACAUAGACUUCCUCAACGAUGAUUACCCCGAUGACGACUCCCCCUCCUUCCAUGCCAUGUCAACCGCCGACGGUGUGGUGACCGCGGCGUCGGUCGUCGUCGGCCUGGCCAAGUGCACCGACUGCACCAGGAAGAACAUCAAGGCCGAGGAAGCCUUCAAGGGUCUUCAGGUGGCGAUCAAGUGCAAGAACGUCAACGGCGAGUACGAGAGCAAGGCGGUGGGUGCCCUUGACGGCACCGGCGCUUUCAGCGUGCCCGUGGCCGCCGACCUCCACAGCGCCGACUGCGUUGCACAGCUCCACAGCGCCGCCUCCAACGCACCAUGCUCCGGCCAGGAGCCAUCAAAGAUCGUGCCGGUGUCUGAGGGCACCACCUUCGGGGUCGUUGCCGGCGCCAAGACGAACGCGCUGGCAUCGCCAGAGUGCGCGUCGGCGACCCUGUGCGGGCCAAUCAAGAAGCACAUCAUCGAGCACUUCCAUCACAAGAAGCCCGUGCCACCGAAGCCGGAGCCCAAGCCCCAGCCCCACCCGGACUACGGGCCCGUGCCCAAGCCCGAGCCGAAGCCGCAGCCCCACCCGGACUACCACCCCGUCCCUCCCACGCCCACCUACGGCGGCGGUGGUGGCGGUGGAUACCACGGACACCACUAA